CAAGGGCACUGGCAACACUGUUAAUGACAGAUGAUGUGGCCUGCUGUCUUGUGUUAGUGAUUUUUAUUUUAAAUAUUACUUAUUUAUCGAAUGCUAUAAUGCAAAAAUGACCGUAUUAACUUACAUUUUAUUCACAUUACUAAUUUCAACAUGCCAAUGUACAUUACCAGAAAAAGUUUAUUGUGUAAAUCAAGAAUGUAGUGAACCUAUAUCGAAAGCAAAAACACUUCUUAGCUAUACAGCUGGUGAUCCAGAUUUUAUAUCAUUUCGAGGAAAUUCUGAAGCCUUAAUUUUUAUGAAAUCUACCGAGAGUAAACCAGAUGUAUGGUAUGCUUCUAUAAAUGGCAAAUCAGGCUUUGUUAACCCUACUUUUUUACGAGAAUAUAAGAUACUCGAAAAAAAACCUGAGUUCAUUUUGCCUCUGGAUGCAAUAAAAACAAGACAUUUGGUACAACCUGACAAAGUUAAACAAGCCCAUGAAGUGAUCGAGGGAACCACACUAUUCCCAACAGAAGCUUCACCACAUGAAACUCAGCUAGAAGACUCUGUUAGGCUGCCUGUUGUAUCCAAUGAAAAUCUUGACCCUAAUAUAGAAAAUCCUAGAUCUGUGCAAAAUUCUAUUGACAAUAAUCAAAAUAUUCCUGUUGAAAAUAAUAUUGAAACAUUUUUAAAUCAGCAUACAUCAAGUGAAAUAACCACAGAAGCGUCUAGUCUUGAACAGCGGAACAAUGAGAAAAAUCAACCCAAUGUUUCACCUGAAGUAAAUAAUCUUGAAGAUAAAAAUAAUGUCCAAUCGGCAAUAGAUACACAAAAUGAUUCAACUGAACCACCCAACUCUGCCAAUGAGCCAGCUGAUGAAAUGAAAAUACAAAAAAAUAAUGCAAAUUUUUUACUUCAAACAGAAAAUUUAGAAGCAAUACCAAAAAAUAAUGAAAAUAAUCAAGGAGAUAAUUCAAAUUCUACACCUCAAACUGAGAAAAUAGAAACAAUACCAACAAAUAUUGAAAAUAACCAAGAAAGUAGUUCAAAUUUUAUACCUCAAGCAGAAAAAAUAGAAACAGUACCAACACAUACUGAACUUAAUACACCACAAGAUCUUUCUUCUAGUGAUAAUGAAGAAAUUUUGGCAGAGUCUGCUAAAGUAUCUGAUAUAAAAGGCUUAAAGCAUGAUAACUUAACAUCUCAACAUUUAAAUGUAGAUAGUAAUUUAAUGGCAUCUAUUGUGAAUAAUACUAUUGAGGCUGCUGAAAUGCCAAAUGAAAAUGUAGGUCUAUUUAACAGUUUUCAAGAAAGUUUAGGCAAUAUUCCUAAUAAACUUGAAGAUACACCACAAGUGCCCCAGACAAGUAGAAAAGAAAAUGUCGAAAGCGAAAUAAAACAUAAAGAUACCAAUUCUAGAAGUGGAGAAGUUGUUACAGAAGCUAUAAAUAUACAGACUGAAACAACACAUGCAACACCAAGACAAGAAGAACCUAUACCAAUCACACCUUUAGAUGACAAUAAUAAAAUGGAAGGUGCUAAAACAGUUGCAUUGGACAGUGUUUUAGGUAUAAAAACUGUAAGUGAUACAAGUAGCAUGAGUCCUCCAUCUGAUAAUAUAGAUACAAGCACAUCUACAGCACAAGAAAUUCUAGAUGUUACAAAAACAGAGAUAACUACAGCUGUACCACAGGAAUCUUUUACCAUAACCACUGAGACUGUGCCAGUGACUGAAUCAGUAACAGAUGUGCCAUUUGAAACAUCUACCAUCCCUGAACCUACACCUGACCCUUAUAAAGUGUCAACUGAGCAAUUAAUUGAAGAAAUAUUUAAUGAAGCCACUACAGAGGCUCCGUCUUAUCAAGAGGAAACCACUGGAGGAUUGCUGUCUGAUAUUUACACAACAAUUGCAGAUAUGUGGCCUCCUACUACAGAAAUGCCCCCACAGGAAAUCUUUAAUCCUGAUUAUGUUCAUAAUCCUGCAGAAGAAACUGUUGUAGAAGACACACAAACUGAAAGUUUUUCAUUUAUUGGUUAUCUCUUGAAUAAGUACUCUUCAGUUAUGGGUGUUAAAGAGCAAUCUCAUGAUUUGUUCCCAUCAGCUGGUAAUACAUGUUUUACAGAUGAGUAUUGUGAUGGAGAAAGUAUGAAAAAGCCAAACCGUUUACUAACAUUCCUUCUGACUACCGCUGGCUCAGUGAUACUAUUCACUCUAGGUUAUUACUAUAUUGAAAACAACAGACAAGACGGCAGAUUGAUUGGUAGUAUUAACAAUCUUCAGAGAGAGUUGCUGUUUUCUACAAAGGAGUGUGAGAUCCUUAAAGAGGAGCUUGCAACUACUAAAAAUAAGUUAGCUGGGAUCGAAGACAGUUCAUUUGGAAUAGACGAUAUGGUACAGUCAUUGAAAGCAGAAAUUAAAGAAUUAAAAGAAAAUAACGAAAGAUUGCGAAACUCUUUGGACGAUAAUGAGAAACUCCUUAGGGUGUCAGAGAACACUGCAAGUGAACUGCAAAACACCCUUAGUGAAGUAGAAAAUACUCUUAGUGAGCUCUUUGCAGAGAGAUCUCACUCUGAAGAGCAAAUAGCAGAAUUAAAUGGUAAAAUCCAAGCUUUUGAAGAAGAGCUAAUAUCAGUGAGUAGGGAGAGAGAUAAUUUCCAAUUGAAGUAUGUUUCCGCGGAGACUGCAUUGGAAGAGUUCAGGAAACAGAAAGGGCAACUUCAAGAGCUCACCCAGAAGUUGGCUGAAGCGAAUAAUACUAUUGAAUUACAGAAACAUGAAAUUGUUGCGCUUAAAGAUGUGAUAAAGGAGUUGAAAAGUGGUGCUUCCUCGAACUUUGAUGUUGCAUCAUUAAUAGAUCAUACUGAAAUCAAAGCAAAAUUAUCUAAGGCGUUAGAGGAGAGAAAUGCUUUAAAGAGCAAAUAUGAGGCAGAACACAAAGAAAGAACCCGUAUUGCAGAGGAGUUAAAAAAUACACAGCAGUCAUAUCAAACAAGUAGCCUACAGGCGUCUGAAGCUCUCACGAGGUUGGAGGUUCUUGGGAAAUAUUUCCAAGAACGAGAAAGCGAACUUAUGAAAGAGCUCAGUACCAAAGAAGCAUUGUGGCUCAGCAAGCAAGGGGAGUCCACGAGCACUGUAGAGAAGAUAGAAUUAUUGCAACAAGAAGUUCAACGAUACAAGGAAAAAUGCGACACGUUAACGCUCGAACUAGCUGAACAAGAAUCUGCUCGUCGCACCGCCAUCAGUGAAAUGGAAGCGCGCGAGCACACCGCGUGGCUCGAGGCGAGGCAAGCCAAGCGCGACGCGGAGGCGGCUAAAGACGACGCCGCUGCGCUGCGCAGGAAGCUGGCUGCCUUGCACCAGGCCGAUGGAGCCGCCUCACCUCAUAGACCUGUGGCCUCGCCUCUGGAGGCGGACGGAGGUCUGCCAGCGCCGCUGCCGCCGCCGCUAGCCUUCCUGCCGCCGCCGCUGCUGCCGCCGCUGCCGCGCCCGCCGCCACUCGGACGCCUGCCUUCGCCGCACCCACCGAGAAAUAGAUACAGCGAGCGACGCUACUCGCCUGACAGCCGCUACUCGCCCGAAAGCCGCUACUCGCCUGAGAGUCGCUACUCGCCCGAGAGUCGUUACUCGCCCGAGACAGUGCGCUACUCGCCCGACAGCCGCUACUCGCCGCGACGCCGCUCGCCCUACUCGCCUCGAGAUAGAAGAAUGCGAGUUAUAGAAAGGCCCAACGGACGCAGUUCGCGGUCACGAAACGGUCCCGCACCCCCCGACACCGAAACUGAAUAUAACUCUGACAGCCCCACGCGGCGGCCACCCCGGCGACGGUACUCCAGACAUUCAGGUCCCAGUUCGGGUUCUGGAUGCUCAACUGAAUCAGAGAAGUGAAAUCUUUUAGUCAAACUUUUAAUUUGCUUUAGAAUAAAUGGAGCCAAAAUGUAUCUUGCUGGUAAUUAAGGUACUAUUUACGAAUAAGGGAAAAAAAUUACUCCACUUGAAUAAUAUUAAUUUUGUAUGUAUCUUCCGAUUAACAGUAGGUCUGACGGUGCAAACAAACUACAGUACCAGGCAGGAAAGCUUACACGUCAAACUUAAGAAAGAGAUAAUCGGUAACUUCAGUUUCUUAGAGCGUUGUCUCUAUCGUUAACAGGGCUCUUUCCGUCACUCGCUUCAUACAAUCGUAGUUCCAAUUUCAUUUGAAUAUUAAGCAACCAAAGUCCAUGAAAUUUU